CGAGUACACGCUGCUUACUAACAAUUUGCACCACCUCAGCAUGAGCCACAAAAACUUGGCUGUCGAGGCAGUGAGAGUACGUCCAUCAAAUUUCACUGGAAUGAGCGUGGUUGCUCUGGACGAAGAUGGCAACUGGCUAAGACGUUCCACAGCAAAAACUGACCAGUCAAAAGUAGCUGAUAAUGGGGUCCGAGCAUCGGUUUUUAUUCCAGCUGAUGCAUUGGAUGACCGGAGUGGUGAUGAUGAGGAGGUGAUUUUGCUGUUCGUUGUCUAUCGAAACAGCAAGUUGUUCUCGAGUGCGAUUCAAAAGAAAUGGGAAGCGGCAGACAAAUCAGGCUUACACCAAGUCAAUUCACUUAUCAUCUCUUGCCGUUUUGGAAGUCAGAAAGUGGAUAAUCUUGCAAAUCCGGUCUCACUCACAUUUACACAUAAUCAGUUCGGUGUUGAUCCUUUGUGCUCGUGGUGGGAUUUCGAAAAGAAACCUUUUGAUGACUGGUCACAAAUCGGAUGCAAGAUCAUGGACUCAGACGCCGUCAAUAGAACUCACUGUCUGUGCUACCAUUUGACCAACUUCGCUCUACUCAUGGACGUGUCCGCUCAACUUGAUUCAGACAACGAAAUUCCAGAAGUGCACGAGACUGCCUUGGCCAUUCUAUCCUACGCGGGCUGUGCUCUGUCUACAUUCGGUCUCUGUCUGACCAUCAUCACAUUGCUCUACUUCAGGAAACUACGACAGAAGAUGGCCAACAAGCUGUUGGUCAACCUCUGCUUCGCUUUGCUGCUCGUCGUUGGCAUAUUCGCUGCCGGUAUAUCGCGCACCGACUACUCUCCACUUUGUCGAGCCAUAUCGGCACUGCUGCACUACUCCUUGUUGGCUGCGCUCUUGUGGAUGGGAGCGGAGGCUGUCAAUUUGUAUCUAACGGUUGUGAAAUUGAAAACAGCCUCUAGUGUGCAGUACCUGAUGCUUUGCGUGGUUGUCUGUUGGGGCCUUCCUGCCGUUGUUGUGGGAAUAUGCCUGGGUUUAUCUUCAAGCGAUUACGUUGGAACAGAAUAUUGUUGGAUUCAAAAUGGCGUGUUCUUUGCCGGGUUUCUCGUUCCAGCUCUUGCUAUCCUCGUCUUCAACUGCGGCGUAUUUGUCAUCGUGCUCCGCUCGGUGCGGGAUGCGAGACCGAUUCGAUCUACCUUUUUCACUGCCGCUCUCCUGCGGCUGCGCGUCAGUUUCGCCGCCAUGGUGAUCCUCGGUCUCACGUGGUCACUCGGUGCUCUUGCCAUCGGGCAUGCACGUUUGAUCUUCCAGUAUCUUUUCGUCGUUUUCAACUCCAUUCAGGGGUUUCUUAUCUUUUGCUUCCAUUGUCUUGGAAAGCCAGAAGUGCGAAAGGCUUGGCACGGCCGUAUUACAGGAAACCAAAGAAAAUGCAAGAAUACAGAAACUGAGAGACCGGUGGGAGGCAUGCAGUGGCGAACUCCGAGUGGGAGAAUGACGUGGAGAGCGCUUGACGAGACUCGAACAGAUAAGAGAAAUCUUUCCAGGUCGGGAUCGAAUAAAAAUAUUGCGAUCAAAUGAGAAACGUCGCCAUCGUACUAGGGACGUCGUCUAUCAAAUAUGCGGAAAAUAACUUGAAGAUUAUAGCACGAGUUUUUUCAGAGAAGGAAAGCGUAUGCUUAAUACUGUAGAUAUAGUCUGAAUUCAGAUUAGUAGCUUUAUGUCUCUUAUUUGCAUUCGUAAUUUCGUUUAGUUAGACUAUGAACACUCUUGAUGAGCAUUUCUUAGGGAAUACGUCGUUGUGACAUUCUAGAAUAGUAUAUGUACGCGAUGGUUUAUAAAAUCAAUAGAAACGAUUU